AUGACUUAUGAGUGUAGAGCAGAUAAAAAUGAAGAAGAAUGUGAAUCCCAAGAAGGUGAUGAUCAAAGUGAGAGAGUAGAAGAUGUUCAACAUGAUGGCGAUGGGGUGUUCGAAUUUAUUGAUGAGGAAAACAAUAAUGUUAAUGUUGUUUCAUCUUUCUUAGCUCUUCACGAAGCAAUGGAAAGUGAACAAGGAAGAUAUGUCUCCGUGGAUGGGGAAUGUUGUGAUAUGUCAAAUAACCCAGAUCCUGAUGAUCCAAUAGAGUAUUCCCCUGUUCAGUAUCACUCGACACCAUCAUUGCAGUUUGAAAAUGUAGAAAACAUUGGUAACGUCGUUUCAAGUGACUUGACCCCAUGGGGGAACACUAAUAUUGGAAACUCAGGUGGAGAGUUCAUGGUUGGCCAAGUUUUUAAUUCAAAAGCAGAUUUACAACAUGCUGCGAAAUUGUACUCUUUAAGUCAACACCAAGAGUACGUUGUUGUUUUGUCAACUACAAAGUUGUUGGUCCUAAGAUGCAAGAAGGCUGAGCAAUCGCAAUGUCCAUGGAAACUUCGUGCUAUGGUUGUAAAAGGUACAACUUCAUUUGCAAUCAAUAAAUACAAUGGUCCCCACAAAUGUGUAAAUCCUUGCUUGAAUCGGGAUCAUCAACAAUUAGAUUUCAUCUUGAUUGUUGCUCAUAUCCAAGGAAUGAUUAAGGCACAAUUCACAUUGUCAGUGGCUGCUAUUCAAGCAAGUAUUGUGGAGAAAUUCGGAUACCAAAUAUCAUACAAGAAGACAUCUAAAGCGAAGUUUAAAGCUCUUACAAACUUAUUUGGUGAUUUUUAUAAGUCACAUGCAGAGCUGCCACAUUUUUUCAUUGCCUUAGAGCAGGCAAAUCCAGGAUGUGUUGUAAUUUCAAAAACAUUUCCUGGUAUUAUGGAGAAUACAGAAAUAUUUCAACAAGUUUUUUGGACAUUUCAGCCAUCUAUUGAAGGAUUCAAGCAUUGUCGACCUGUACUCAGUAUUGAUGGUACACAUUUGAAUGAGAGGUAUAAAGGCACUUUAAUGAUUGCUAUGGGUUGUGAUGGAAAUAAUCAGUUAUUCCCAUUGGCUUUUGCCCUAACAGAGGGUGAGAAUAUUGAUAGUUGGGAAUGGUGUUUGGCAUGUAUUAGAACAAGAGUCACUAAUAGGAGGAAACUUUGUGUUAUAUCAGAUCGACAUCCAGGCAUUAUGGCUGCAAUGAGCGAUGUUCAUCUUGGUUGGUCUGAGCCAUACGCAUAUCAUAGGGUUUGUAUGCUUCAUCUUGCUAGCAAUUUUAUGACUCAAUUCAAGGAUAAAAUAUUGAAAAAUCUGAUGUGCAGAGCAGCCUUAGCAACCAAGAUUGAAAAUUUCAAUAAACAUAUGAACACAAUUAGGAGGAUUAAUGCAGCUGCACAACAAUGGUUGGAAGCAAUCCCUUUUGAGAAAUGGGCACUCUCUCAUGACGGAGGUCGAAGGUACGGCAUCAUGACUACAAACAUGUCGGAGGUGUUCAAUAGUGUGCUUAAAGGGGCUCGUAGCUUACCCGUAACUGCUUUGGUUCAAUUGACAUUUUUUCGGCUAAAUAGUUACUUUGUUGUGAGAAGGGAACAAGGUGCUAAUCGACUUGCUUCAAGUGAGGAAUACACUCCAUAUGUUGAUGCUAAGAUGAAGGCAAAUGUGGUUAAGGCGGGAUCUCAUGAGAUUGUUUUAUAUGAUCACAUCCAAGGACAAUUCCAUGUGAAGAGUAAUAGGGGUACUAAGAGUAGCUCAACUCGUGGUCAAACAUAUCGCGUCAACUUACAGGAGUAUGCAUGCACGUGUGAUAUGGAGUAUAGAGGACAUAGUUCUGAUCCAGAUCCAUUAGAUACGUCUAUUUUGGUUCUACAGGAUAGACAUAGGUCUCAUUUAGUUGACUCUGGUCAGCUUGCUUCAGUCUUGACUUGUCGACAACAUAUAUCUAGGUUUAUGCGGGAGUGGGAGAUGGAUCCUCGUCUUCGACCUUAUAUUAUUCGAUCUGGAUUUUAUGGUGUAUAUCAUAUUGGACACAUUACACUAGAUUGGGGAUUGAUCACUAGUCUAGUUGAGAUAUGGCGUCCUGAGACACACACAUUUCACUUACCUGUUAGGGAGAUGACCAUUACUUUACAGAAUGUUGCUGUCAUAUUAGGUCUUCGUAUCAUGGGUUUCCCAUCACUGGCACAUGUGAUAUAG